AUGGCCUUCGUCAAGCUCACCCUCGCCCUCCUUCUGCUGGCCGUCGCCGCCGAAUCCCGCACCAUCACCGUCUACAACAAGUGCCCGUUCACCAUUUGGCCAGGAAUCCUCGGCCCCGGAGACCCGGCUGGAGGAGGCUUCAAGCUCGACGCCGGACAGUCGAGAAACAUUGACGUUGACGAUGCAUGGACUGCCGGACGUGUCUGGGCCAGAACUGGAUGCGACAGCAACUACAACUGCGAGACCGGAUUCUGCAAGGUGAGAAAGACCAGAGGCCCACUUCUUUUAUUUACGCCCUUUGCUUCCAGAACUCUGAGCAGUGCAGCGGAGCCGGAGGAGUCCCGCCAGCAUCCCUCGCCGAGUUCACCCUGAAAGCCUGGGGAGGACAAGACUUCUACGACGUCUCGCUCGUCGACGGAUACAAUGUCCCAGUCCUGAUUGAUGUGCACGGUGGAUCCGGAUGCAGCCGUGCCGGAGGAUGUGUGAAGGACAUCAACUCCGAAUGCCCAGCCGCCCUCGCCGUCAAGAACUCAGCCGGAAACACCGUCGCCUGCAAGUCUGGAUGCCUCGGAUACAACACUGACGAGGAGUGCUGCCGCGGAGCCUACGGAACCCCAGACAAGUGCCACCGCUCCGCCACCGCCCAGAUGUUCAAGGAUGCGUGCCCGACUGCCUACUCGUACGCCUACGACGACGGAUCGUCCACUUUCACGUGCCAGGCCACCGCCACCUACACUGUCCAAUUCUGCUAA